AUGAAGCGCCUCACGCCACGAGACCUGCCGCGGAGUUGUUGGAGAAACAGUGCCGCCGUGCCUUUAGUAGCGGCAGCAAGAGGUCAGGCCACUGCGCUCCGAUGCCAGCUUCCGCGCGCUUCUGCCUGGGACUGCGUACGGUCAUCGAGGAGGGUGGCCAGCAGCAGUGCCGGCAUCCGACCCAAGAACUCUCAUCAGCGCAGGCACUACGCCGCAGGCUCGUCCGCAGGGCAGCCCGACGCGUCGCAGGGCGUGGCGGAUGCGGCACCCCUGUCGCCAGCAGCCAAGGCCAGCCUGGAGAACGCCAGCAAGCUGAUGGAGAAGGCCAGCGUCAAGUUUGAGGCCGAGGACUACGCGGGAGCGCUGACGCUGUACCACGACGUGCUCAAGCUGCGCGAGGGCGCUCUCGGCGCCGCGCACCCCGACGUGGGUGAGGCCUACCACCUCGUGGGCGAGACCCUGUGGACGCUGGGCAAGUACAAGGAGGCCGAGGCGGCGCUCAACCGCAGCUUGGCCAUCAUGCGGAACCACCUGGGGCCGAAGCACAAGGCCGUGGGCUCCAUCCUGAAGAACAUCGCCGAGUGUCGCCAGGCCUACCUCAACGACGACGAGACCAAGAUCGCCCCCGCCAAGCGCGCCAAGGUGCUGGAGCAGACGCUCCCGCUCAUGGUCGAGGCCACCGAAAUCGCCCAGGCCCACGCAACCGGCGCCGAGGACGACGACUACCUCGACGCCGUGUACGCCCUGGGCGAGGUCUACAUCCAGCUCGAACGAUACGCCGAGGCCCUGCCCUGCUUCGAGAAGACCCUCCCGUCCUUCCUCAAGAACGCGGCAUCCGACAGCAUGGACACCCUCCUGUGCUGGCGCAACAUGUCUGCCUGCUACCGGGCGUUGGGCGACGUCAAGAAGUGGGAGGAAGCUGAGGCCAAGGUGGCCGAGAUCGAGAACCACUGGAAGAACGAGACCGGCAGCGAGAUGCACGACCUGGCGAGCAUGCGCGAGACCAUGAUGGCUAUGGGCCUGGAGAAGGAGCUCUCCCAAUUCGACGACACAUACCAGGAGCUCCUCACCGACGAGGACAAGGCCAAGCUCAAGCGGAAGCCCACCGACAAGCAGCCGGCCAAGCCUUCUUAG